UUAAACACUCUGUGAUUUAAAAUUAAAAUAAUCUUUUGAAGGAAGGACGUUUGAUAUGCUAAAAAUUAUACUGACUCGAGUACGAAAUAAUGAGGAAUAAUGAUCGAAGCGAGGAUGCUCUCAGUCGUGGUUUACGAGUCAAAUUCAACGUGGGUUUGGGAAUAGGAUCAGACUUCUUCUUCGUAGUACCACAGACGACCACCAAUGCCAUUCGCGAGGGCUGGUCCAUAACAUCCCGUGCUGAUUCUACCAGACCCAACCUUGUCCUAUACUGCCCUUCAGACCGCGUACUAUGCGGCUUCUUCACCAGAAGUGGCCAAAUCGCUGGUCUACAAAUAGCUCUUGCUAAAGAUGAAUUUUCGGAUGCCGUUUUCGACUGGGAGACACAAGGUUACACAGACUGGAACCCAUCAGCACUUUCCGGCCAAGAACAGAAGUCCUACUGGGCGACGCAAGUCUUCUUUCUUUCUGAGACAAGCUCUAGAAUGAAUGAAGACAUUGCACCUACUAGCAACGCCGACGUUCUGAGUGAAAACGCUGUAUGGGUCAGCGGUUUCAAUAAAGAAAUGGUUGAAAUUUCUGCAGAUGCUAAAGAAAUCGAAAACAGCAUUUUCAAAAAACAAGCGUGUAUCCUAUGGAUGGGUCGCCACUACUACUAUAACAUGACCAAGGAGACAGAAUGCACGUCGACCGGUCUCUUUCCCUGGUUCCCUCUAGUCAACUCGGGCAGGCUGGAAGGUCUGGGCUUCCUCACCAUAGGCAAGUUGCAACUUAUUGAUGGAAGACGCGACUGGUUCGAAAGACCAACAGAAUCUGCUGUCAGAAUGAUCGUACCCGACGGACCAGAGUGCCUGUACAACUUGACUGGCAAUGUUGGUGUGGUCACCAUGCACAUUUACUUCACAGACCAACCCUAUCUCAUCGGAUGUCUCUUCAAUUAAAGUUAUCAUAUAAUAGGUUAAUAAAA